AUGCAAGGGAAAAUAAAAUCCAAACAAAUUCUCAACUCACCCUACCAUCUUUAUUCUUUGGUGAAAAACCCCUCAUUUUUCAAUUGCCAAGCUGCGGACAAUUCUCCCUGACUCCCACUUCGCCAAUCGCCACUCAUUUCCAUCUCCCAAAACCUUCCAUCCGAGAUCCACCACGUUACUGUCGCCGAGCCCGCCGCCGUCGAUUCACAUCGUCCCUCCAGAUCUGAAGGAAUCGUAUCCGCGAUCCUUUCGUCGCCCCUCCGGCCUCCGCCGCUCAAUCCGCAAUCGCUGGCACCGCGGCCUAUCUGCUCAUCCGAAGUAUCUGACGUUUGUUUCCAGACUCUGUCGAAUUCUUCGAUCUGUUGCCACAUUCAUUAGGUAAGUUUGAUUCUGGCUCCCUCUCCUAUGAACUGGUGAUAAUAGAAGGAAACGAGAUUCGAAUGGGUGAGCAGUAACGUGUAAUUGAGUAUGUUUGCAGGGGAGUUGAAUGUAGGUUCUGGAAUAAGCUUUUCUACAAUACUCCUUAGCUAUUAUGUUAAUUCUGACUGAUCGCAGACUGGUCUUUCUUCCCAUGGCGAUAUUCAUCAUCUUAGUUACCAGAACGUCUCUAGACAUCCGUGGUUGACGGAAAAGUCUAAUAAGUUAACUUAGGAAUGGGCGCUGAAAAUGGGGAUGAAGCAUCCGUUAUGGCGACACUUCUUCCUCUUGCUUCCGCCUCUCAGCAGCCUUACGUAUCUGAACUUCUAUCCUUUACUCUGGAUCGUCUCCACAAAGAACCUGAGUUACUUAGGGUUGAUGCUGAGCGAAUAGAGAGGCAAAUGCAGGAGGUGGCAGUGGGGAACUACCACGCCUUCAUUGUUGCCACUGAUGCUUUAAAUGCGAUUAGAGAAGAAGUGUCCAAUGUGGAUAAGCUUCUGGAAUCACUAAUUUCUGAAAUCCCUGAAUUAAUAUCUGGCUGCACUGAGUUCAUUGAAUCCGCAGAAGAGGUCCUGGAGAAGCGAAAGAUGAACCAAACAUUGCUCUCAAACCAUAGUACAUUGCUCGAUUUGCUUGAAAUUCCACAACUUAUGGACACGUGUGUAAGGAACGGUAAUUAUGAUGAAGCUCUUGACUUAGAAGCAUAUGUUGGCAAACUUGCAACAAUACAUCCCAAAUUGCCUGUCAUCCAGGCUCUAGCAGGUGAAGUUAGACAGACAACCCAGUCUCUUCUGGCUCAGCUUCUCCAGAAACUUUGUUCUAAUGUUCAGCUGCCAGAGUGCCUCCGCAUUAUUGGCUACUUGCGUCGAAUAGGAGUGUUCUGUGAGUAUGAAUUGCGCCUGCAGUUUCUGAGAUGUCGGGAGGCAUGGCUUACAGGUAUUCUUGAAGAUCUGGACCAAAGGAAUGCUUAUGAGUUCUUGAAGGGAGUGAUAAACUGCCACAGAAUGCAUCUCUUUGAUGUUGUAAACCAAUACCGAGCAAUAUUUGCUGAUGAUACAUCAGGAAGUGAAGAAAACUCUGACGGUGGACUUCUUUUUAGUUGGGCCAUGCAUCAGAUCACUUCACACCUUAAAACUCUCAAAAUAAUGCUCCCAAAGAUAACUGAGGGUGGACCUCUUUCAAAUAUUCUGGACCAGUGCAUGUACUGUGCAAUGGGACUGGGUGGUGUAGGGCUGGAUUUUCGAGGCUUGCUUCCACCUCUAUUUGAACAGGCGGUUCUCAAUUUAUUCUCAAAGAACAUGGGUACAGCAGUUGAAAAUUUUCAGUUGGUUUUAGAUUCACAUCGCUGGGUGCCACUGCCAGCAGUUGGCUUUCCAGCUAGUAAUAUUGGUGAAGAGACCCAAGAUGACAUAUCUCCACCGCCUUAUCUAAUGGAGCAUCCACCUCUAGCAGUGUUUGUUAAUGGUGUAUCCGCGGCAAUGAACGAGCUACGCCCAUGUGCUCCACUAAAUCUGAAACAUCUGCUUGGUGUAGAAUUAAUCAAGGGAUUGCAAGCUGUUGCAGACUCUCUGUUAAGGUACAACGCCACUAGGAUGCUCAGAGAAACUGAGUCUGCACUUUUCCUCUCACUCUGCAGAGCAUUCAUAGAGAUCGCUCUUCCACAUUGUGCUGCAUGCUUUGGCCGCUGUUACCCAGGAGGGGCUGCUUUUGUUAUGGAUGCCAAGAAUUUACUAGAUGGGGUAAGCCGCCUAUUAGCGACUGCUUCCUCCAGGGAGCUCCCAAAACCAGCGAAAAACUCAGUGAAGGCUGCAACGGAAAAUGGUGAUACCCCUGCUGUCCAAAAUGGGACGACUUCUUCUGAUGGAGAACAGAGGAAUGAAAUGGAUGGAGCGAAAGUGAUUAACUUGCCGACGGAUGAAAGCAAGGUGGACGCACCUAGUAAAGCCGCCUGAUUUCGGAUUUAUUCUUCAGUGGGCUGUUGGAUGCUUGAGGGUUGUGGUCUGUAUAGGCUUUUGUAACGCUGUAGAUAGAGAACUCUCUUUUAGUUGUCACAAUAAAGAAAUUCAAUUGAGGAACUGGGAACUGGGGAACUCCAUUGGUUGGGUGUUUUACAUCAGAGAGUCUGCUGACCAAAGUGCAAUCUGUCAAUUUUACCGAUCACAGGGGCAAUUAGAUUGAUUACCACUUUACCAACAUUGGUAUUUGAUAGGCAGCUGUAUCAUUUAGGUGCGGCACAAUUAGCUUUUCCAACUUCGAUUUUGUUGCUUACUUAUUUUUUUUUAUGUAAAUGCCAGUCAGAGAUUACUAAAUUAUGUCAUGUUUAGUUACUAGAAAAAAAUUAAUUUUGGUCACUCGAAUUACUGAA